AUGCAGACUGCAAUGGGGAACAUCCUACUGGGCACAAAAGGUGCCAAGCACCUCUUAACCCGAAUUCCUCCCGAUAAUGUCAUCAACACUACGUCUACUACAGAACCAUCGAUCACCACAUAUCGCACCUAUGUCAACCACAGUGCUUGGCGACUCUAUCGACCAACAUACCCAAAUACCGAUGAAUCCAUCCGAUUCCGCAGCCUCCUCUAUGUCAAUAAGCGAAUCUCAACUUCCUCCCAUCGCCAAAUCCAUUGUAACCACCCAGAUCUGGUGGCCAUCAAAGUAUGGACUGCAGAGAUACAGUUCCUUAUCUUCUCGGUUUACAUCCCGCCACUAGAUGUACACCAAGCCACUAGCACAACCUCUACUGAAUCAGCACUGAAAGAAAUUGAAAACACUAUUGAACAGCACACCAGGGAAUCUAAUAAAUCCACAAGGCUGAUACUAGCGGGAGACUUCAACCGACAUCAUCCUGCAUGGAGCCACCACUCCGUCAGCCACAUUUUCACCGCUCAAGCGGAAGAGCUGAUUAACUUCUUCCAAGAAUAUCAGCUUCAAUGGUGCUUACCCCCAGGGACCCUAACAUACUGGUCACCAAGCCACCUAGGGAAGACAUCAGUUCUUGACUUGACACUCACCAACGACCCAACCACACUGAUCAAGUGCCAGCUCUACCAUGACAACUAUGGAUCGGACCAUCGUGGAACAUACUCCGAAUGGGACCUGCGACCAGAACACAAUGAAAAUGCAAAACCCAAGAGAGCAUACGACAGAGCUGACUGGGCUAAAAUUGGCCAAAGACUGGUUGAGUCGCUCGGUCAAGCACUGGAAAUACACUCCACUGCAGAUCUUGACAACGAAGUCAACCAACUAGUGGAAACCACAACAGUAGUUCUCGACCAGCACGUCCCAUUGCAAAAACCAUCACCCUACUCGAAAUGCUGGUUUACGCCAGAGCUCAAACCCCAGCAGACUCUCCUGAAUCAAACACGCUGA